UAGACAAAGAGGAAAAUAUCGAACUGGAGGGAAAUUAUUCUUUCUUUGAACUAUAAAAGGUUGGCACAAUCUGCAAGUAGAUCAGUAGAAAUCGUUCUAACGUUCAACGUGUUGAAACAGAUAAUCUUAAAAAAAAAUAAUAUAAUCAAUAUGAAGUUCGCCAUUGUUGCUGCCGUCCUUGCUUUGGCUUUGGGUGCUAAUGCCUCCCUGUAUCCCCUUGGUCCAGUUGUCGUUGGUGGUCCCCUGCCAGGUGCCGUAGUUGUUGGUCAUCCCGGUCCUCUUGUAGUUGGACCCGGCCCAGUUCAAGUGGUCACCAGCCCAGUUCACGUACCAGCUGUCGUUGCCGUCGCUGCUCCUGGUGCCGUUUCAGUUUCCAAGACUCGUGGUGCUGUCCAUGUUGCUCCUCUGCCAGGCCAUGCUCAAUCUGUGGUUCAGGCUAACUUGCAACCUGCUCCCGGAACCUUGUAAAUUUCUUCAAUAGCUAAAAUCCCAAAAUCUAAUGGAAUCGGCAAUGAAUUUUUGGUUAAAUGAAAAACACGCAACAAGCGAGAGGAUAACAAUUUUAGUAAAUCCUUAAAAAACAACUCCAUAACAUUUCUAUCAACUCUUUUCAUUUCACCACUAUUUCUUUCUAUCAUCUUUGUAAUUUCUCAUCUAUCUUCUCUAUUCUCUUGUGAUACUUUACUUAGUGUACAAUUUUUCAUAGUCACUUCUAAGUCACUGCCCCCUGCCAUCUAUCAUUUUCACCUUUCCUUCCUAUUCUGCAUACAAUACUGACUUUAUGUUCUCUGAAAAGAAACCCCACUUGGUUUUUAAACGAAGUUAUGCACUGAAGGAAGUUUUUUUAUGAAUAAAAAAUAAAAAGCAUUUUAAUAUUAAAAAAAUAUA